AUGCCUGAGAUCGCCGAAAUCGCCCGCAUUGUGCAUUAUCUGCGCCUGCACCUGGUCGGAAAGAGGAUCAAGCAGGUCGAAGCGGUAGAAGACAACAAUGUGUUUGGCAAAGUAGGAACUACCGGAGCAAAGGUCGCUCUAGCCUUGACUGGCAAAAAGGUCGUCUCCGCAGGGCAGCAGGGCAAAUACUUCUGGCUUGUUCUCGAUCAACCUCCCCAUCCGGUAAUGCACUUUGGCAUGACAGGUUGGAUCCACAUCAGGAAUGAUCGGACAGCCUACACCAACUAUUACAAGAAGAUGAAACCUGAAGAAAUGGACGCUUGGCCACCAAAGUACUGGAAGUUCCACCUGCGAACGGAAGAUCCAGCGGUCGAGGUCGCUUUCACUGACCCAAGGCGCUUCGGCCGCGUUCGGCUGGUGGAUUGCCCCGGCGAGAGUAUCAGAAAGUACUCGCCCCUCGUCGAGAAUGGGCCUGAUCCGGUUGUCGAUGCCGAUGUAUUCACCGAGGAGUAUCUCCGAGACAAGAUGCGGUCGAGACAUGUUCCCAUCAAGGCCCUCAUCCUUGAUCAGACCGUCAUUAGCGGGGUGGGUAAUUGGGUCGGGGAUGAAGUCCUCUACCAAGCCAAACUUCAUCCCGAACAAUACUGCGACGACUUCAAUGACGAACAGAUCAAACAACUCUAUGAAUCCAUCCGUCACGUAUGCCAGUUUGCCGUCGAUAAGCUCGGGGAUAGUGACCAGUUCCCAAACUCGUGGCUCUUUCAUUAUCGGUGGGACAAAGGCAAAAAGGGAGCUCACGGUCACCUUCCCAGCGGCGAAAGGCUGGCCUUUCUCACGGUUGGCGGAAGGACGAGCUGUUAUGUGCCUGAUGUGCAGAAGAAGAGCGGCCGUAUCGUGGCAGGGGUGAAGGAGGAGCUUCUCGAAUCUGACCAGGAAGAUUCAAAGCCUAAGAAGGCGGCGAAGUCAAAGUCUAUCAAGACCGAGGGUGAGGCGCCUCAGAACAAGAUGAAAAGGAAGGCGGAGGAAGAGGAGCAGCCAUCAAAGAAGAGCAAAGCUGCUCCCAAGAAGGCACCAACAUCGCGCGGGUCGAAGACAGCCAAUGCAGAAGAGACCACCGCGGUCGAUAACGAGGCUGACUCUGGCAGGCGGCGCUCUGGGAGGUUGCAAAAGAAGGCUACCUGA